AUGGAUCUGGGGCGUGAAGAAGACAAUGAUUUUCUACCGCUCUAUCAGCUUUCUUCUUCCAGUGGUCUGGAUGCUGGCUGGAGGGAGGAGACGGUGGAGCCGGGGAUGUACACCUUUGUGUCCGGACAUCACCGGGCCAGGGCCAUGUAUGGCAUCGCAUUGUGGUGUCGGAAACUUAUUGUGUGUGCAAGCCUGACUUGCCGGGUUCGUUGCGUGCUUCCACGCCCAGGCUUCCACAACCAGGAGCAAGCUGCCACGGACGAGUGGAAGUGGGCUUUGGCGAUGAUGGCCAAGGUUCCGUGCACCAUCGAGGAAAUGACCCUCACGCAGGCCAGCUUGGCGCGCUGCGCGAAGAAUUUGAUCACGACAACAGCUUUCACAUACGUCCAGCUGCUGUUUCAGCAGCUUCUGCGAAAAGAGAUUGCUGGCUUGGCCGAUGAUGAGAAGAUUUUCGGAUGGAAGCAACUGCGCUCCAUCUUCAAGCGAGCGGAGAUCUUCCCAAAAAGCUGGUGGAAGCCGCCCCUGCUGCUGCCGUCGGAAAGGGAGCGGUCCGGCGCGACGAGCAUGCAGCCCGCGUGCCAGCUAGCCUUUGUGAGGCGAAUAGUGGCCGAGGCCUGGCAGCGCAUGUUGCGCCAGAUUGCCCUUCCAGACGUCCACAAGGCGAUCGAGAGCUGGCUCGAGAAUCAUGAGAAGGCCACAUCGGCCGAGUUGACGAAGGCCGCCGCUGGCAUUAGCAUUGCCAAGGUGGAUUCUGCAAAGCGCGCGCAAGUCAAGGCUUUUGCCUUGGGCGCAGCUUUUCCUGCUUUGUUCACGGGCCUCCAGGCUGUUUACGAGCAGCCUGCAGCCGGGCUCCACUUGUCUGAGCGGGAGCAAAAUGCGGUGCUAGAUGCAUUUUCAGCUGGUCUCCUGGAUGGCGUAUUGAAGGCCAAUCAGCCUGUCCGCACGUGGCCACUGGUCACACGCCUGAAGGCUCAGGAAGCAGAGACAGCCAAGAAGGCCAAGGAAGCAGAGCUGGCACAGCAAAUAAGAGAGCAGCGCAAGCAGCUGGAUGAUGCCUUGCAAAAAAAAGAGGACCUUCGUCUGAUGCUAGCUGACAGUGGUAGACUGCUUGUUCAGGGUUUCUUGUUCGUUGCAUACAAAACAAUCGAGGACAUCAUGGGCGUGCAGAUGCAACUCUUGCGAAAACAAGUGGAAAAUGUUUGGCUUCACGCCCGGGACAAAGGUGCCGAGAUGGUUUCCGAGGCGUGCGAGCUCAUCGCCGGAAGCCACAAGAGGAAGCAGGAGCAGAAGCAGCAGGAGGCGGCUCGCCGUUUCCAGAUCACGGACUUGCGACCAGGGCAAGACAAGGUGCCACUGACGUGGCUGGAUUUGGCCAAUGGGAAGAAGGUUGUGACCUGCAUUGAUUUCAAUCUUCCAUCCCUCAGAGGAGCAGAAGAGGACUGGGAGGACCAAUGUGUGCUAGCGGCUGCAGUGGAAGCGGUUUUGGACCCGGUCUGGACCAGCGAGUUGCUGGUGAUUCUUCUCCCGGUGGCGGUGCCUGGGCAGUAUCACCUGGAGAUACUGACGUCCACUGAGCUGAUGUGUUUGCAACGACUGCAGGGGACGAUGGAAGUGAGACGCCGCGUGGUGAACUUGCCCGACCAGCCGCCAUUUGGAGCAGGUACCGUCUUGCAAAUAUUGGUCGCUUGCAGAAAGACUGGCCCUGAGUGGGCCCAGGCAAUGGCCAAAUGGGCGGCGUCCUGCCGCUCCACGCAGGCGCCGUGUGACUUUCGGCCCACGUUGAGGUCAGUCCACCGCCACGCGGUGUCGGCGCCGGACAGCUUCGGUGUGGUGUUCUUCAAAUGGUUGCUGCAAGAUUUCCUCGGCCUGGGCAAGUCCGACAAGGAUAUCUUGAUCGCGGAAGUGGAGGCAUCUCAAGGGCAGCUUUUCGAAGCUUUGCUUGAGCUGGUUCCUUCGGCUGCCUAUGUUGGUGGUGUGAUAGCCAGCCACUCGCGUGGCGCGGCGCUGAAAAGCAAAGCAGAAGCACUCAUGGACGAGGCCGAGCCCCUGCUGCCGAGACCUGCAGGCCGCCCCUUGAAGCAGACGUUGUCGAAGACGACGGAGACCCUUGAGUCCCUCAACGCAACCGCCGCCCAGUGGGACGUGUUUACCAUGAACAGCGCUCCGAGCGAGUUGGCGACCUUGUGCCAGCAGUGGACCAGUGCUUGGCGUGUCCUCACUACCAACUUUGAAAAACACCAGAAAUCCCCACUUCACACGGAUGGCCCCGGGGCCUUCCUCACUGAUGGCCCGAAAGACCACGCGCAAAGCAGAUCCCCGAGAAAAUGCUUUUCUCGGGAGUGGACGCCUGAGCAGCGCAUUGUUGACACAAUGCGCUCUGCGUUGAAGGAGAACCACUUGGCCGUGUAUCCAGCUAAAGACUUCGCAGCAGGGGACACCGUCAUUUCUCUUGCCGGGAAGUGGUUGUCUGAGAGCGAGUUGGCCAAGGGCAGCGAGUACAGCAAGGCCAUCAUGUUGCAGUUUAUGGAAGGAGCCAGCACAGCCCUGAAGUUGUUCCUGCCACUUCGGGAAGGUGCCGACUUGUUCGCCAGCUUGCACUUCCUGGACCCGGCGUACAAGGCUUCACUGGACGAUGGUGACGAGGGCUUGGACAGGCCCGCGCAGAUCCACGUCCUGGAGAGCUCCUUCUUGUUUUCCACUACUGCAGAUCCUGUUCUGGAGCUGAAAGCCUCGAAGGCUUUGGGCGCCUUCCAGUGUGAGCUGGGCGUUUGCUUCCAGCGGUACAACGCGGUGCCGCCGUUGCAGCCGCAGUUGCAGAGUGCCAAGCGCAAGGCGGCGCCGCCGGUGCCUGACCAACAGCAACAGGAGCCUGCAGACGACAUUGAUAAGGAUGCGAAGUGCCAGGCACUGGUGCCAGAGGAGGAUCAGCAGAAGCAGCCGGGAAUGAAGCGUCCAGCUUUGGCAGUGGAGAGUGAGCAGCAGGAAGCCCCCACAAAGCAGGCGAAAGCGAAGAAAAAGCCUGCCGCUUCCAAGCGUGCCCGCAAGGCGCCCGCCGCCGAAGAUGAAAUCUCAGCGGCGCGCAGCCAUCCACUUUUCCGUCAGUUCAUCGCCGAGGCUUUCGAUGGCAAGGAGGAAAUGUUUGGACUGGACGAAGAACAGGACAUGUACAUGUGGGUCGCCUUCGUGGAGCUUUACGAAGCUGCCGACUGA